UCAUUUUGUCAUGUUUCUACAAGAAAUUUCGCUUCAAAACCGUACGAAGUCUUUGAUCGUUCAGUCAAAUUGAAACAACGUGAAAAAAUGGCACAAUUAUUGUCAAAUACUUCAAAAGUUGAAUAUUUAAGAAAUGAAGUUGCUAAAAGAACAAUCGAGAGAUUAUCAUUUAUUAAAAGAGACUUCCCAAAAUUGAUGGAUCUUGGCUCCCAUUCAGGGAAUUUCGCUAAAGUGUUGAAUGAAGGAGAUGAUGAAGAUACCAGAUUGGUUCGAAACAAAAUUGGUGAGAUAUUGAUGGUUGAUUCUAGUAAGGAGAUGUUGCAUAGAUGGGAUGAUGAUCCUUUUAAUACUGAGUUGAAAGUUAGAAAACUUGUUGUUGAUGAAGAAGAACUGAAUCAUAAAGAAUUAGAAGCAAAUAAAUUUGAUGGUAUUGUUUCCAAUUUAUCAUUACAUUGGAUUAAUGAUUUACCAACAACUCUGAAAAAAAUCAACAAUUGUUUGAAACCAGAUGGAUUGUUUUUAGGAAGUAUGAUUUGUGAGGAUUCCAUAUUUGAAUUGAGAACUUCAUUACAAUUGGCCGAAUUGGAAAGGAAAAACGGGAUGUCAAUGAGUAGAAUCUCUCCAAUGAUAAAAGUUGAUGAUAUGACAAACCUGCUGAAAAUGGCUAAGUUUAAUAUGGUUACAAUUGAUGUUGAAGAGAUUAUAGUGGAUUAUCCAGAUAUUUUGGCCAUGAUGGAAGAUUUACAAUUAAUGGGUGAAAACAAUGCUAAUAAGCAAGGAUUUGAAAACUUGGAUAGAGAUGUGCUGAUUAGUGCACAAGCUAUUUACUCUAAAUUCUAUGGAGAGGCUGAUGCUGAUGUUUCUCAUUUACCAUUGACCUUCAGAGUCAUGUUUAUGAUUGGAUGGAAAGAAAGUGGGAAUCAACCUCAACCAUUACAACGUGGAAGUGGUGAGCUAAACUUGAAAGAUGUUUUAGGGUGA